AUGGCCGCAUCCUCCAGCGAUUGCAUCGCUUCACGGACUUUCGCACUCGGUUUCGGGGUGCGGCUCGGUCGUUUCGGUGAGGGUGGGCGGUCGGCCACCUCGAUCACUGCCUCUGGUUGCGCCGCCGCCGCCAUCUCGCGAUCCCUUGGCAGGGCGGCUCAACUUCCGAAAAAGCCGAUUUUCUGUUGGAUUGAGCAGACAAGUAACGCCUUCUGA